AUGGUUUAUCUUUCAGAGUUGAUAAGGCACCCCUGUCUGGCACCACCCCUUUUGAGGCUAACGAUUUUUCAUGUUGAUACAGCUCAAAACCUUUUCAAGUUUGGUCUUGGCCCUGAUCCAGCUGUCAUCCCAGUUACUACCUCAAUCGCCCCUCCCCCUGUCAACAAUGAGGAUCCUUCUCCAGCGGGUCUUGAAGAAGAUACUAUUACCUCAUCAAGAAGGAAGAGGAAGAGGUCCCAAGGGUCUUUUGCGACACAUUUCUCGGACUCUUCAUCUAGUGAGAUGAGGUUAACGGUUGCUGAGCUGGAGAUGGAGUUUGGGAAGACCAUACUGAAGAGGCAGUUGUUCCAUGCCGAGAAAGAGCGGGACUAG